UUUUUACUACUUAUUAUUUUUCUACGUAACCGAUAAUUAUUGUCUAUCCGCGCGACGUUCGAUAAGCAAUACAAAGCGAUAAAUUUUCCUAUGCCAAUGUCACAAGAUAACACCAAUUUGCCAUUUAAUUUUCACAAUUAAAACAACUUUUAUAUUUUCUUAUCGACAUUCUAGCUUGCAAAGUAAAGACUGCAUCUUAGAUUAAACUUUAGUAUAAUGUUGGUAAUAUUGUUAGUAUUGAUAGUCCGAUUUGUACUUGAGACAGCAGGGCAGGACAUUCCAAUUACAUCGAACAUGCAGGACAUAAUAAGUCUGGUUCAUGAAGUAGGUGAUAUUGCUUCAGGAAACGACCCAGUGCAAGCGAAAUUGAACGAGCUGUCGAAGCGAAUAAAAAAACUGUCGUCCUCGUUCGAACCGACAUCGGAGAACGAGUUGUGGCAAAUUGUGAUAAUUGUGCCUCGGGAAACUGACUUAAGAGCACGGAUGAACCAGCUGGGCAGUUACAUAUCACGUGUGAGCUUUCAUUUCAAAGUUUAUGAACGAAUUUCCAAAUCAAACAGCAAGUUCAAGUACAACGUCAACCAGUUCAUAGAUACGGCAACGUCGAUGCGUGAUGGUGAUAUCAUUGAAAUGCUCAAUCAAAUGCACAGGUUGUUCACGGGCAGCCAGGAAAGUCUUCUGUUGGUUGCAGCUUCGGGUUUCGCGAAGUGGACAAUUUACAAGUCCUGGAGUUUGAUGAUGCUAGAGUCGACACAUAAUAUAAUCCUUAGCUUGGAAAAGUUCCCCGUCAUUUCUCGAUAGUUCUUCAGCCAGUAAAGUGACAACAAAAAACGAGCGAGCGCUUAAGAGCUUCUCUGUUUAUAAGCGAUGUUAUAUAAGUAGUUUGAAUUAUUAACCAAAAAAUUUCAUAACAAAAUA